GCACGGACACCUAUAGAAACCCGGAAGUCCAGGCGAUUGUUCUUAGGACCCUUGGUUGAUUCUUAAAUGACAGCCUGGUAAUCAUGUAGUGCACUACAUAGGGCGUAUAAGCCAAUAAUUUACAACGUAAGUAGUGUGCUUUUGUAGGAAAUUUGGAGUUAUUUGUAUUUCAGCCAAUCUUUAGCCGGAGAGGGCUGUUAUACUACUUUAGGAAGGAAAAAUAUAUGUAAAGGGGUAAACCUUGUAUUUUAUUUUGUUAAUUUAAAGGCUCCAAAUAAUAUGAUAUACAUAUAAUAGUUGGUUAAUUCGCUGGAUGAGUGUGGUUUUUCCAGCAGAAAUGGCAGACGAGGCUCUUUUUCAGUUCCUCCAUAAUGAACUCAUACAGUAUGUCAACAACACAGAAGGCGGGGAAAAUGAAAAUGGACGAUGUGUUUCUAAGCUUGAGAACAUGGGAUUCCGUGUAGGACAAGGUCUCAUAGAAAGGUUCACCAAAGACACAGCACGUUUUAAAGACGAGCUUGAUGUCAUGAAAUUCAUCUGCAAAGAUUUCUGGACGUGUGUGUUUAAGAAGCAGAUCGAUAACCUGAGAACGAAUCACCAGGGUAUUUAUGUCCUACAGGAUAACAAGUUCCGGUUAUUAACCCAACUGUCUGCUGGCAAACAGUAUCUUGAACAUGCCCCAAAGUAUUUGGCGUUUACCUGCGGCCUGGUGAGAGGCGGGCUCUACAAUAUCGGUGUAAAGAGCAUCGUCACAGCUGAGGUGUCCGUCAUGCCUGCUUGUAAAUUCCAGGUAAUGAUCCAGAAGAUGUAAAACACUGAACAUAAGAGCAAAAUGCUCAUAAUAUAUACACUUUUGUCAGAGGUUCUUUUUUUUUUGUAUAUUUUUUUCUUAAUUGUAGCCUCUUAAUCCCUUGUAUGCAAUCUAAAGCAUGUUAAGGUCAAGCCUCAUUGUUGUACUCAUUGUUAUUAUUGGUUUUACAGUUUCUAAAUCAUAUUUGCACAAGAUGUAAAAUUAAAAUAUGUUAAGCUGGA